CCCUCCCUCGCCGCCGCCGCCAGGAGGCACCGGAAUCGCGGCGAGCGAAGAUCCCCUCCGACCCGCGCCGAGGAACCCCGCCGAUCCGCCCCGCAUGGCUCUGCACCAGCACCACGCGGGGUCGGCGUCCGGGUCGGCGUCGGCGUCCAGCUCCAGCUCGGGGCUGCACCUGCCCGCCUCCCCCUUCGGGGACACCACCCACACCAAGCUCUUCGUGGGAGGCCUCGCCUGGGAGACCACCAGCGAGAGGCUCCGCCGCUUCUACGAGCGCUUCGGGGACAUCCUCGAGGCCGUCGUCAUCACCGACCGCCACUCCGGCCGCUCCAAAGGAUACGGCUUCGUGACGUUCCGCGAUCCUGAGGCGGCCACCAAGGCCUGCGAGGAACCGUCGCCGGUCAUCGACGGCAGGCGGGCUAAUUGUAAUCUGGCAUCGCUAGGUCGCGCCCAGCCUUCCACGCCCCUUGGGCGGCCAAGAUCAGCUGGCUCCUACUUUGGUGUUCCCGUUCCAAGGGGCGUUUAUGUCGGGGGUUACGGUCAGCAACGGCCACUUCCGAUUGGGUACUACCAGUACCAGGGAUUCCCGGUUCCACAAUACAGUUACUCCACAUAUGGGACUGAAUACAUCUAUCCACAGGUUAAAGGUACAUUAAACCCGUAUGUUGGUCAGCAAUAUGUUCCAAUUUAUGGAGUCUCAGCUGCAGCAAAUACUGCUAACCAACAAUUUAGCCAAUUGAGCCCAUCCAUUUCUGGUGGGGGCAAUGGCUAUCCGAUGAUGCAUGGUUACAGUAUGCCAGGAAAUCAAUUUGUGCAUCUCACUGGGUCAAACAUAAUUAAUUCAUCCCCAACAAAUCGUCCCACCAUUCAGGCUCCCUUUUUAGUAGCGGCACCGGUUCCCUCCCAUCCACACUUCGUUGUUCCAUCACACUCACCUCAGUUUACACAAGCUAGCGGUUCAGACUAAAAAGCAAGCUGAACUAUGCACCCAAACAUUUAUACCUUGAGGUAACUUUAGUUUGCAGCAGGACUAAAAGAACAGCGCUGCUGUAUUUGCAGCACUUGUUCUUACCUGGAAAAAAUCAUCCUUGUAUUCAUAAGGUUGUCCUUAUCAUGGUCGACACAUGUACCUGGAGACCAUGAAGUGUCCCGACGGGUGGGGCAAUGUCUCAAGAGCAACGGCUGCUCUUGUCAGUUUGGCUUGGUUCAAAUCCUGUCCUGUUGGGACUGCGAUCAUUGGUGGAGCGUGAAGCUAGAUGUCUAGAUACGGCAUUAUUGGUUCUGUAUCUGAAAAGUCAUGGAGAUAUAGUGGCUGCUGGAAUGGAGUCCAGCAUCCUGUAAGGGUGACUGAUCCAAGUGGGGAUUCUUGGAUUAGUCAUGAUGGCACUCAGCUGAUUAUCCAUCUGAAGAAUCAGGGAUGAGUCAGGAUUGCACUCAGAUGACUAUCCAUCUGAAGAAUCACCGAGUGUGCUUUUGUGUCGCAAAGUUUGAGUCUUGCACAAGCACAAGUUUUGUGCCUGUGCUGUUAGUGUCAUGAUCUAUCACUCUGGUUUUGCGCUAGGCCUAUUGAUAACCACAUUAUGGAUUUAUGAUGCUCCGCUUGAGCGUCAUAAGCAGGAUGUUCAGUUUACCCAAAGGGUGGCCGGAGAUGGUCCUGCCUCCGGUACCAACUUCCCAUUAGAGCUUCUCUGUGUAUUACAGAACUGGCGGUCAGAUCAAGUACUGUUGUUGUUUUGUAACAUAUGUCCCAGAAGUUCUACUGUUCUACUCCCUCCGUAAAGUAAUAUAAGAGCAUUUAGAUGGCUAAAGUAGUGAUCUAAACACUCUUAUAUAUCUUUACAUAGGUAGUAGUUUACAUUCACGUUGCUCUGAGCUUGGUAGUUCCAAGAUCGGAGUCUUGUUGUACUUGAAUAAUAAUAAAUCCCAUCUGCUGUGAGCCCA